UAAUCGAUCAGUGUAGGUAUAACUCGAAUGCAUGCACAAUUUGAACAAUUUCAAUAAUUCUUUUUUAUUGUGUUUUUUAUUGUCAUGAUAGUAUAUAUAAAGUAAAAAAUACGUAUUCGAAAAUUGCAGAAUAGCCGAGCAAAGCGGGGACGGACCCCAGUGUGUAAUUAAUUUAUUAACUUGAGACUUCAGAUCAUCUUGAGGUACAAAUACGACCAUAUAAUCCUUUGAAUCUUUCCGUUGUGUCACCUAUCUUUACUAAACAAAAACGUGCAUUAUAUGCAUAGCUUUCAUGAUUGAGCGGUGGCGGUGGGUGACACGUUAUGGGAGUCCCGAUGAAUAAUUGAGUUCAGUGCUACGGGUAUAGUGCGCAAGAUGCAAGCCGGGGGGCCGGACAGUACGGCGGUUUCUGAAGCCCCCAGCAGCGGUAGCGAGGACUCCGACUGCGAGCCCGGACCAGAGACCGAUGCGGACGCAGCUCUCACCGAGGAGUGGGCUAGGGAGCUGUUAGCUGGAGCGGGCGUGGUCGACCCGCAUGAGGUACACGUGGAAUCACGGGCAGGAGUUGCGGGAGCCCUCAGUCGUGUCCUGGCUGUGACAGUUUGCUACGAGAGCAAUGGUGAGCGCCGCGCUUUACCGCUCGUCGUCAAGCUGCCUCCGCGAGAUCCCUUCGGGCGGUUAUUCGUUGCCGAGGCACAGUUCGACACCAGGGAGAUUCUGUUUUACACAGAACUAGCACCAGCUCUUAACAAACUAGCAGAGGAGGCCCUAGGACCCGGUUCGGGCUUACCUGUACCUAGAUGCGUAAAAGCAAGACUACCUGAUGAAAUCGGUGGAGACAGCGAGCUUGUAUUGGAAGAUGUUACAUCAGUCGGUUACGAAGCGGCUGAUUUUGCUGAAGGUUUAACUGAAGAACGUGCGCGAUCUGCACUUUUUGCAGCUGCGAGACUACACGCGCUCUCUCUUGCACUACGCGAUAGGGAAGGACCAUUGGACCAAAGAUUUGACUUUCUAUUCCCUUGUGAGAGAGCUGCUGCAGGAUACUUGCGCCUCGUGCGGCGAGGACUUCCACAACUCGAAGCAUUUUUACGAGGACGCCCUGACUGUGUAGAGGAAGCAGCUGCGGUGUCUGCUUUGAGUGCUCGGGCACCUUCUUUACUCGGCACCCUGUUGAGACCUGCUGAACCAGCACCACUUGCACACGCAGAUUUUUGGAGUGGUAAUUUACUCUUCAGGGAAAGAGAAGGUGUUAGCGAAUGUAUAGCUCUAGAUUGGCAAAUGGUUUCUUUAGGAAGACCAAUGGAUGAUGUCGCAUUGUUACUUCUGUCAUCUUUGACGCCGGAGCUGAGAAGAUCAGUAGGCGACACUCUAAUUGAAGAAUAUGGAGAUCGAUUGGAAGCCGAGUGUGCGAGGUUAGGUGCUGCUUCUGCUGGAGUUACAGUUAGGCGGGGUUUGAGGCCGGAUUGGCCGCGGGCGGCCCUCAGGGCUUUGUUAUUGUGUGCAGGGAGCGUCGAUGUUGCAUUGGGAGAGCCUAGAGCUGAGCGACGACUACUGGAAGCUGUCCGAGAUCUACAUUCACAAGGCGUCCUGGCUCUGAGACCUGAUAAUGAGGCGUGAGAGCUCUUAAAACCAUGUGCCAAGACCGUGCUAAGUGUUUGUUCGAAACCAAACGUUCAUUAUUUAACGAUUCAGUCCAACUACAUAAUAUAUCAAUAAUAUUAUUUAUAUUAAUUUUUAUAACUUAAGCACAAAUAACAAUUGAUUCAUAUGUGUAAUGACAUAAUUACUGUUUAGUUAACAAUGAUCGGAUUCGACGGAGACUCCCGCGGUCCGCCAGCCGCACGGCGUGUGCUGGCAUCAGUGCCGCGGUGAUAAGCCUAAACAAAGACUGAAUUUACGUAUAUCUACAUCGUGCGUACAUGACGUAUCGUAACUACCGUAGAUGUUAAUUGCUCAUCGUAUCAAAAGCUAGAAAUUCAUUGCGGUCUAUUGACUAUUAUUUAAAGACAAAAUAAAUUAUUGACAGUAUGCUGACCUCUUUUAUUAUAUACCCUAUAUUACACAUUUCAAUACUGCCCGACUGGCUUACUAUUUGUUAUGGGUUCGACUCCCAUACGAAACAACCUUUUGAUGUGAACCACGAAGUGUAACGGGUUUAGAUGUGAUGUGAUGUGAAACGUUGUACCUACCUAUGCAAGGAACUUUUUGCGCCCAGCCAUAAAUCAUAACUGUAUUUUGAGUGCGUUACUAUGUUUUACGA